AUGAGGCGUGCCAUGUUUCCCGUAGCGCUCGCGGGCCUCGCCGCAGCGGCCCCCUCACCGGGCCUCCCGCUGGCGAUCAACACAUGGGGCGGUCCGUUCGUCGCCGCCACCGACGCAGCCUACGCAUCCCUCCUCCAAGGCGGCGCGGCCCUCGACGCCGUCGAAACAGGGUGCUCCGUCUGCGAGGCGAACCAGUGCGACGGCUCCGUCGGCUACGGCGGGUCGCCAGACGAAGCGUGCGAGACGACGCUCGACGCCAUGAUCAUGGACGGCGUCACCAUGAAAGCCGGCGCCGUGGCCGGGCUGCGCCGCAUCAAGAACGCCGUGGGCGUCGCGCGCGUCGUCCCUGAGCAGCACACGUAA